ACCUAUAAGUAGUGCGCUCAUGGAGAGGCUGGAGGACUCUGUGUGUGUUGUGCGCGUGUGUGUGUGUUAUCUGGCAGCAGCUUUUCAUUUGUGCGUAAAAAGAGCUUCCGUGAAACACGCGAGAUAAGAAGAAGGGGGAAAAAAAAGUAAAUAACACCUUGACUUUAAUGGACCGUUAAACCAGCCCUGGAUUUACAUCUCGGAGCAUUUGGUGACAUCUUUCAGUGACUGGAAGCCUUCGGGUCCUGUUGAAUUUUAAAUUUGGGGGUAUCCAGAGUGGUCCAGAUGUUAAUCCACACCUAUUCGGCUAUGGACCGCGCAGACGGACUAAGCGGCUCCUCGCCGAGUGGGCGCCUCUCCCAGCUGUCCUCCCUGAACCAGGCCGCCUAUUCCUCGGCUCCCCCGCUCUGCCACACUCCGGCCUCCGACUUCCAGCCUCCGUACUUCCCUCCCCCGUACCCUCAGUCUUCCCUGCCAUACUCCCAGAGCCAGGACACGUAUUCCCACCUGUCAGACCCUUACCCCUCCAUCAACUCCAUCCAUCAGCAUCAGCAAGCGGCAUGGCACUCGCAGAGGUCGCGCUCCGAGGAGGGGGGGCUCCUGUCACAGUCUCACCGGGCUCUCAGCCUCGACCCCCGGCGGGAGUAUCCAGCUGUCCCUCGGCUGCUCCACGGUCUCGGGGAAGGAGCUGCUGCUCUCGGGGACGGUCCUCUCGGGAUGCACCUGGGACAUCACGGCCUGGAUGAUCUUCAGGGAAUGGAGGAAGGAUCAGCCUUGGGCAUCCUCGACCACUCUGUCAUUAAAAAAGUCCCUAUCCCGUCUAAGCUCAACGGUUCGUCCAUGUCGGCCUUGUCCAUCGGCAAGGAGGGUCUCGGUAUGGGAGCCGUGUCCAACCCGGCUGAGGUUUUCUGUUCGGUCCCGGGUCGCCUCUCGCUGCUCAGCUCCACCUCCAAGUACAAGGUCACGGUCGGGGAGGUGCAGCGACGCCUCUCCCCGCCUGAGUGCCUCAACGCCUCUCUGCUGGGCGGAGUCCUCCGCAGGGCGAAGUCAAAGAAUGGUGGCCGCUGUCUGAGAGAGCGUCUGGAGAAGAUUGGCCUCAACCUGCCCGCCGGGCGACGCAAGGCAGCCAACGUCACUCUGCUAACAUCUCUAGUGGAGGGUGAGGCCGUCCAUCUGGCGAGGGACUUCGGUUAUGUGUGCGAGACAGAGUUUCCAGCCAGAGCCACCGCCGAGUAUCUGUGCAGGCAGAGCGAGCCCGACCAGCUCCCCACACGACGUAGCAUGCUGCUCGCUACCAAGGAGAUCUGUAAGGAGUUUGUGGACCUGAUGUCCCAGGACCGCUCUCCGCUGGGCGGCAGUCGACCCACCCCCUGCCUGGAGCCUGGCGUCCAGGGAAGCCUCACCCACUUCAGCCUGCUCACCCACGGCUUCGGCACUCCCGCCAUCUGUGCCGCGCUCUCCGCCUUCCAGAGCUACCUGAUGGAGGCGAUUAAAAUGCUGGAUAAAGGAGAGGGGGGAGGGAAGAGCCACCACGACAAGGAGAUGAAGCACCGCAAAUAGAGGGAGGAAGGACAGAUGUGUGGGUGGAUGGAUGGAUGGAUGGAUGGAUGGAUGAGCGGCAGAAAGUAAGAAAAAAAGAGGGGGAAAAGACUGACUCGUGGCCCCUCUGUGUCUUUACGUUCGCCCUCAGGACAAAGACUUUUACCUCCCAGAAACCUCUGCGGACCCUCUCGUCAAGGAGGCGGGGUUUAUGAUGAUAUCUGUACUGUAAUGUGUGUCCACAACCACCUCACUCUAAACGACGCAUGGACCUCUCUUCUCAGUAGCUGGUUUGUGUCAUGAUGGCGUCUCCAAAACAUCUCUUCAGGAUGAGUUCCUGCAUACGGCAGUAUGGUUUUAUUUAUUUCCUCACCCCCCGUUUUUUUUUGUUUUUUUUUUAAAUUUGGUAAAACAUGUCACCUUUAUCUGUGUUCCUAGCAGCCCCUGCCUUCAUCAGUCACACACAAACGCACUUAAACACACUUAAACACACACACACGCGCACACACACACACACUUUGGACUGAACUCAUCUGGGAAGCAUCGUAAGCCAUAUCCGAGACAACAACCUGCUCUUUGCUCCUCUGGAACUUUUUUGGGAGACUUUUAACUCCACCUGAUUGGACGCAGCUUCCAUUUGUAGUUCGUUGUAGUGGGUGGUCAUGGGAAAUUGAGUUCUCUGGGUUAGCAGCGGGGAAAAGGAGGAGUAACAGGCAGCUAAAGGAGAUUUGAUUUCUUUUUAUUUUGAACUACUACGUGUUGGUAACUUAAGAAAAGAACACAAAUCAUUUUGUACUUUCUGUGUAUGUUUAUUAUUAAUGUUAUUACUGUUGUUAUUAUUAUUGUA